AGUAACUAUGAUGUAUCGGUCAAGCGUGCAAUGUAAAGUUCUUGUUCUAUAUUCUGUUCCAUUUCCUUAGCCGGGUCUCUAGGACUUAAUCUAGAACGUCGAAUACUUUAUAAAGAUCAGAUCGAGUGCAUACGGACAUAGUUCGGAGUUUAAUUCUUGAUAAGAGAAAAGAAAACAACAGCAGAAGAAUAGUUUUGAAAAAUGAUGAGUUGUAUGAAGUCGGACGCGAUAAACAUGGUGAAAUACGAGCUGACCUACUUCAACGGUCGCGGGCGAGCAGAGGUAUGUCGCCUUCUGUUUGCGACCGCGGGUCAACCAUACACGGAUACAAGAAUAGAGCAGGCAGAAUGGCCGAAACUAAAACCAAAAAUGCCGCAACAGACGAUUCCGGUAUUAAAAAUAGACGGUAAAACCCAAGUCUCGCAAUCGUUGGUCAUCGCCCGUUACCUAGCCCGCGAAUUCAAAAUGGACGGCGGGAGCUCUCUACAAGCGUUGUUUGUGGAUGAAUUUGUUUGCACAGCAUUAGAUCUGUUUGAAAACUACGCAAAGGCAGCGUUUUCUCCUAAUAUGGAAGAAGACAUGAAAAAGUUCAAGUCCGAAACUCUUCCCAAAUUUUAUAAACUGUUAGACGCAAGCAUUUCCAAAAAUGGCAAGAACGGCUUUGCAGUUGGAAGUUCUGUAACGCUGGCGGACCUGUAUGUGUACAAUGUGGUGGAGAGUGUAGGGUUGGAUGAGCUCAAGGACUACAAGAAUCUCAAGGCCAACAGGGACAAGGUGGAGAGCAUUGACAAGAUCAAGAAGUAUCUCGCUUCAAGGGUUAAAACACCUUUCUAAGUACAUGUAUCCACAAACAAUCAGGUUUCUCAUGACCUUCCGGAUCCCUGUGAUAUCAGGAAAAUGGCCAUUCAAUUACUGUUCAAUUUUUUAUUGGGGCAAUAACUUAUUGUUAUUUGUAGCAUAUGUUUGUAUAUGUGUUAUUUAGAAACACCAUUAUGUGAAAUUGUCUAUUUCAGGGAAUGUUAUAUUAUAUUAUUACAUUGUGUCUUCAAUAUUGUGUAUGCAAUUUUACAUUUCUGAUUGUAUUCUAUACAUUUUUAAUACUGUGUUAUAUGUAUUAAAUGAAACUCAAUGCCU